GCUUUGCAGAGCCAUGAGAGUGCUUCUGCAGUUGGGUUUGCUGGCUCUCGGGGCUGUGUGUGCUUGCGCCACUCCCAAGGAGAGUGCCACUCUCAGGGCACUGGUAAGAGAGACCUUGACUCUGCUUUCUACGCAUCGAGCUCUGCUGAUAGGCAACGAGACCCUGAGGAUUUCUGUUCCUGCACAUAAAAAUCACCAGCUAUGCAUGGAAGAAAUCUUCCAGGGAAUAGACACACUGAAGAACCAAACCACACCAGGGGAUGCUGUUGAAACACUAUUCCAAAACUUGUCUUUAAUAAAAAAACACAUUGACCUCCAAAAGCAAAAGUGUGGAGAAGAGCGCCGGAGAGUGAAGCAGUUCCUGGAUUACCUGCAGGAGUUUCUUGCUGUCAUAAACACGGAGUGGUCAAUGGAAAGCUGAGACUAAACUGGCUGAUGACAUCUGAGGAUUUUGGGUUGUUUAAAAUCAAACUUAUUCUUUAACAGAUACAUGAAAACAAAAAUUAUACCUAUUAAUGGGGUACCAUGUGAUAUUUUAAUACAUGUGUACAUUAUGCAGUCAGGUUAAAUACAUCUGUACCCUCCAACAUUUAUCAUUUCUUUGUGGCAAAAACAUGCAGGGUCCUUUCCUCCAGCUUUCUGAGAUACGUAGCCCACAGUCACUGUCAGUAGUCACUCUGAACGCGAUAGCACAGCGGGAUUCCUACUCCUAUCUGCUGCUUCGUACCUAACGGUCCGUCUUUUCCCACGCCACCUUCUUUCUACUCUGAACUUCUAGGAGGUCAACUCUUUUCAAACUGCACAUAGGAGGGAAAUCCUAUGGUGCUUGUGGUUCUGUGCCUGAAAUAGCCAGAGCUCUUGGACAAGCAAAAGAAUAUUUCAUUACAGUAAAUACAAGAGCCAACCAAGGGUGGGGCCUUAUUUUUCAGUAUCAUUAAACUUCAGUGACAAAUAUUUCAAGCACACUGGUGCUUUACCACCUCAUUGCAAGCAGGAAACAUGCAAUAGUUGAGAUGUAUUUCAGAUGUCAAAAUCACCGAACUAUUUCGCUGCCUUUUGCUGCAAAUUUAGCUUCGUGUUCUGUAAAAUAGCUGUUAACUUAAUGGUAUUUAUCAGAUGAUUAAGAAUUUGGUAAGUUAAUAUUUAUUUUGUGCUGUACAAUGUUCCAAUAAAACAAAAAUGGACAA